AUGCUAAAGCAGUCGUCACCGUUAGAUCUGCAGCCUCCUCGCUACCUGGAAUCAGUCCCUCCACCUGACUCACUGCUGGACUCCUGGGGGACAGUGUGCUGUCACCUCCCUACCCUGCCCACUCAUGGUGGCAUCAUGGGCCAUGGCACCACACAGCCUGGCCCUCACCUUCUGGACUCAGUGCCAACCUGGGCAUCCAGGCCAGAGUGGGCAGGCUUUCCUCACAUACUGUCUGCCAUAGACCACAUACCAAGGAGUCUCAGCUCAUCCCAUAGGCUCCAGGGAAUUGGGAAUUGUCCCUCACACCGAGAAGCAGCAAACAAUGUCGGGGUAGACAGCACAGAACACCCAGAUGACUGUCUUCAGAAGUAA